AUGCCGAGCAUUAGAAGUCAGACCGACCGGCCAGGGGAACGAGACCGAGACGAAGUGAACGUUAUGCAAUGCUUUAUUCAAUGCCCAGCAUUGGAAGUCAGACUGACCGGCCAGGGCCGCCUCCGAAGACCGCGACCCCUCCCCGAUCUCACAGGAUCCCGACGGAGGCGGCUUCUUUUGAGGCCGUGGCAGAAAGAGGCUCUGCAGGCCUUGUUCCAGCAGAACCGGUACCCUGGCAUCACCACCAGAGAACGACUGGCCCAAGAGCUAGACAUUCCAGAGUCCAGGAUCCAGGUUUGGUUCCAGAAUGAGCGCACGAGACAGCUCAGGCGGAGCCGAUUGGCACCUGCAAACUCCCAAGUGGAAGGGCCAUCGUGUGGACAGGAACAGCCUCCAGAGGACAGGAGAAAACGGACCGCCAUUUCUCCAUCCCAAACCAGUCUCCUCCUUCAAGCCUUUGAGAAGAACCCAUUUCCUAGCAUUUCCACCAGAGAACACCUGGCCAGACUCACAGGACUCCCGGAAUCCCGCAUUCAGGUCUGGUUCCAGAACAGAAGAGCUCGGCACCCAGGGCAGAGCAGAAGUGGCCCCGCGAAUGACCGGGCGGCAAACCAGGAAGCCAGUCCUCACCUGACUGUCCCGGGGGACCCAGGCCCCCAGCCCGGUGUCCCCGAAUUCUCUCAGCUUCUGGCUCCUUCCAAUCCUCUGGGAAGCAUGCAGGCUUUUGCGGCAGCGACCCUUCCUGUCCUCUCCAUGGGCUUUGCCCCCCUGGUUUCCUGUGGGGGCCCUGGGAGCCAGGCCGUGGGGGCCACUAUGGCCCCGCCUACCCAAGCCUGGCAGGGAGGAAGCAACUCUCCCACUCCUAAAGCCAUGCGGAGCCAUUCCCCGAUGAGACCGACUCAGGGAGGGUGCAUUUCAGCUCGCCACGCCCGUCUUUGUCCCCUGAACCUAGGGGAAUGCCUGCGGCAACAGGAGCACCCUGGCUUGGCACCCGUGCCCUUCCACGGCUAUCCCCUGCCUCCAGAUGACAAUCCUUGCCAACCCGUGCAGGAGGCAGGGCCCAUGGGUAGCCACUAUGCCCCGCAGUGGUUGGGCGAGGGGUCCCGACUUGUCUUGAGCACAGGACAGGCUCCGCAUGCAGCAGCUGGGCAGCCUGCACACGCUGAGACCCCUGGCUGGCGGUGGCAGGCACCCCCUGCUGCUGGGCUCCCUAGUGCACUGGACCCACAGCACCCACCUUCUGCAGAAGCCUCACGUUUCUUAGAGGAGCUUCUAUCAGCCACAGAGAGGGAGGAAGACACACAGCCUUUUCCGAGUGGGCAUCUGUGGCAGGGGGAGGCUCCAGGACCCUUGGAAGCACCCCUCAGUGAGGAAGAGUUUCAGGCCCUGCUGGCCAUGCUGCACGAUUCCACGUGGCCUCACGCCUAGGACCAGGGAGGCCUCGGCUUCCCCACUCCCCAUUCAUUCAGACUUCCUUUUCUGAGAGGCAGUCCUUUACAGGACAGCAAGGACGAGGAACAGGAAGCAAGGUCCAUGCUCCAGAGGAAGCCCGAGGCCUAAAGGAGCAACUGCCUCUUGGAAGGACAGAAGGGUGUUCCUCCCUGCCCCGCGGACGGAGCUCCAUGGCAUUCCCGAUGGUCAUCAAUCUACUCAAGGCACCUGAAGGCAUUAAGGACACUGGGCUCUUUAUACCCUCCCCGACACCUGAGUGACCACUGGCAGGACACACACCGGCCAUCCUCCCUGCCAUCACCCUAGACACUGGGGCCAGGGAAACCCUGGCCCUGGCAGCGAACCCAAGCAAGGAAGAGAAGUUAGAGGACACCUCCCCCAUGCCUUUGCCUCCU